UCUGAACAGUCAUGAGCUUUGCAAACAAAGUGGUUAUAGUGACUGGAGCCAGUUCCGGCAUCGGCGCGGCCGCUGCAGUGCUGUUCGCUAGAGAAGGUGCCUGCGUGGUGAUGGUGGGCAGGAACCAAAGCAAGCUGAGCAAGGUCGCCGAGCAGUGUGCCCGCGAUGGACAAGCACCGCUCGUUAUCAGGGCUGAUGUAACUAAUGAUAACGAUGUCAAGAGAAUUGUCGAUGAAACCAUCAAUAAGUUUGGAAAGAUUGACGUUUUGGUUAACAACGCUGGAAUAAGUGUAUUUGGUAGUAUUUUAAAGGGUGAUAUAUUAAAAGCAUACGACGAAACAAUGCUAGUGAAUCUGCGUGCGGUCGUUCACCUUACCACUUUAGCUGCACCUCACCUUGUCAAAACUAAAGGUAAUAUUGUGAACAUAUCUAGUAUAGCAGGAAAGAUGGCGCCGGGGGUAACAUUUAUACCCUAUAAUACUUCUAAAGCCGCAUUAGAUCACUUCACUCGUGGUGCUGCUCUGGAGUUGGCAGCUUCAGGUGUAAGAGUGAAUGGUAUCAGUCCAGGGCCGGUGAUAACAGAUUUUUUGGACAAUAAUAAAAUCAGCAAUUUAGGACUAACUUUUGACACUAUGGGUGCCUCUGUGCCACUUAAUAGGUGUUCUCAACCUGAAGAGAUUGCUGAAUUAAUUCUAUAUUUAGCAAGCGACAAGGCAAAAGGUAUCACGGGAUCCGACUUUGUUUCCGACAAUGGAGGUAUGUUACGAUUUAGAAUGUAAUACAAAAUAAACUAUAAUUUUGUAUGUAUUUAUGUAAUUAUUAACAGGGGCUUGUACAUUCAUAAGGUGUCAUCCUGUGAAGGUGAAUUGGAAGCCACUUGAGUUGAUUACGGAAAUCAGAGAUGUGGUCAUAUUUGCGAAGAUUAAAUAUAAACCGUAUAUAAAUAUUUUGAAGUUGUUCAAGUUUAUUUAAUUGAUCUUCUGUAAUAUUAACAUAACAAGAAUCGGCGUCAUCUAGUCAUACAGUUUUGGUACUGAUUGGUAGAAAAUUUUACAGACGAUUGGGACUACCUAUAGACGUAAAUAUUUUACAACUUAACUGAGAUAUUUGAUGUGACCAGGCCAGUGCUUGUUCGAAAUGUACUUCAAGAUUUUUAAAUGACCAUUAAAAAUAACCGAUGGGAGAUUAAAUGAGUUUAAUUUAGAUAUGUAGUGAGGACUACCAAUAAUAAUGCAUUGUGGUUUAGACGGAUUUACAGUGAGGCCGUUUGCUUUGCUCCAGUCGAAUAUACGGGAGAGAUCUUCGUUUAUGAUACAAAUUGCAUCAGUAAUGUUACUGAUACUGGCUUCAGGUUUAAGAGGUAUUAAAGUUUUCUAAACAUUUCUUAAUGUAAUUAAUUUAAUCAAUAACAUUUAUUGUAAGAUUUUUUGUUUAAAUUUUAUUUAAUACUAGCUAUAUCCCAUGGCAAAGUUAGAACUUGUAUUCCAACUUUGCCGCGGGAAAUUAAAAUUAAUAUUACGUAACUAUUUUAUUCAUCCAAUAAUUUUAUUGUAAUAAAUUGCUUAUUUAUAUGACCACAUACUAAAUUAAUAAUAAAAAAAAACAAUAUAGUACAUUAUUAAGUAAAUACAUGUAGUGACCAUAAUAAAUGUAAUAAAAAUAUUGUACAACCAUCGGGUUACUUAUUUAUAUUUAUUAUUAUUAUAAGUCGUCGUAAAAUAUUAUUAUUAAACGACCCUAUCAGGUCGACCUUCACACAGUUCCUGCUGGAAACCAUUGUGGUUAAUUCUUGUGGAAUUUAUCACGAUGAGCUAACUGACCUACCUUCAUUCUCACCUAUCAUCCCUCACUGGUGCCUCGCCAGCGUAUACCGACAGGCAGGGUUACCAUUCCAUUAUCAACUAUUAAAAAAGAACUCUGCUACUAAUGGCACAAAUCCUUAUUUCAUAAUUUCGAUCCAUUUUGUAUUGAAAAUUUAAAUAGUUUAAUAUUAUCGUACAGUAGAAAAAAUAUUUUUAACAGAUAGCCUGCAUAGAAUUGUAUAGAAUCAUAGUAUAGAAAUCAAUGUAAAUAGUUUUAAAUUUAAGAAAUAAAGAUUUGGUCCUAUA